AUGUAUAGUGUUUUAUGGGUUUUGGCAUUAACUGGAUUUUGUAAAAGUGUUUUUGGCUUUUUUAACUGUAAUUUUGAAGUAGAUAAUGUGAAUUUUGAUUUGGAGGCCUUAGAUAAUAUUUAUUAUGUAACAUCAUUGUAUAAUUCGGAUGAAGGUAUAGUCAAUAGGACAUGGAGUAUUAGUUUAUGCAGAAAAUUAAACUUUGAUAAGAAGAUUUCAAAGGAAUAUCUCUGUUCAAGUGGUGCCAAUAUUUGUGGAGUUAAAACACUGUUUCGGGAUACUGAAUUAAUAGUAGAGAAUGUUCAGGGGCUUCAUUUUGAUAUUUAUUCAAAAUAUUUGACAAAUAAUGGGCUUCAAAUUUUCUUUUAUAAUGCACAAUUUAGAGAAAAUAAUUUAUCUGCAAUGAUUAAUUUUAUAUGUGAUGAGAAAGUGGGUGUUUAUUAUCAUGAACAUGAUCCAAAAUUUAUUUCAUAUAGUCGUUCUCAUUUACAGCUGAAAUGGAAAACAAAUACUGUAUGCAAGCGUGAAGAAAAGCCGAAUAUUGUAUAUCAGUAUCAUUCAUGGGGCAUUUUUUCUUGUUAUGGUUCUAUAAAUUACGACUUUUACCCAUUUACUGAAACGGUUAAAAACUUUUCCUAUUAUUUCAAAGAUUAUGGAUCUCAACUUAUUUCUUUUGUGAAGCAAAUUAGGGAGCCGAGUUAUAGAGGUUAUACUUCGAUUUAA